UUGUAAACUCACCUGUCAGACUGUAAACUCACCUGUUCAGACUCGUAAAAGACCUGUUUUCUUGAUGAACAGGAAGUGGACCGGCUCAGCUGUUCACAUGUUAAAAGUGUCUCUGUUGGUGUUUAUGAGUCCAAUCAGCACUUAUUAACACCUGAGUGAGCAGACGAGGCUCCAACAAACACACUGAAUACACACUGAAUACACACUAACACACUGUGUGUGUGUCACUGUUAUAUUCAUUUAACACCACAAACAUCCUACGUGUGUGCAGAGAGGAGUGUGGUAAAUGAAGUCUACUCAGCUUCAAACGCAAACUCUAAAAUAACCUGCAGACAGUGUGUGUGUUCACGUGUGUGUUCAUGUGUGUGUGUUUGUCUGUUGGUGUGUGUUGAAGGACAGAGCGACUGAACAUUUCAGACAGUUGUGACUUCAAAGCAGCAACAGAAGAAGGAGACGUCAGAUGAAGGUUGUCCUCGUCCUCACAGACAUGUCUUCAGUCAGAGCCGCCGCCAUCCUGCUGCCGCUCAGCUGCUGCAUACUCGCGGUGCUCGUCAUCCCACCCUGCACAGGUCAAGGAAGUGACUGCAGCUGUAACGCCACCAACAGUCGCUGUGACGAAUCUGGAGUCUGCAGGUGUGACCCCGGGUGGGACGGCGAGCAUUGUGACCACUGUGUGCCGAUGCCGGGCUGCCUGCACGGUUCCUGUCAGCAGCCGUGGCAGUGCAGCUGUAAGACGGGCUGGGGGGGGCGCUUCUGUGACAAAGACUUGCUUGUGUGCUCAGCCCAGCGGCCGUGUCGGAACGGCGCCACCUGUGUAAUGGAGGACAGCGGUGAAUACACCUGUGUGUGUCCUGAAGGCUUCUAUGGGAGGAACUGUCAGCUGAAGACCGGACCCUGCCACCAGAGGAGGUCUCCGUGUAAAAAUGGCGGUCUAUGUGAGGACGCUGAUGGCUUUGCGGCAGAGCUGACGUGUCGCUGCCUUGCCGGCUUUACGGGUCGGCGCUGUGAGACAGACGUGGACGACUGUCUGAUGAGGCCUUGUGCUAACGGCGCCACCUGCCUGGACGGUGUUAACCGCUUUUCGUGUGUCUGCCCCACUGGCUUCACUGGACGCUUCUGCACCGUCAACCUGGAUGACUGUGCCAGUCAGCCCUGCCUCAACGCCGGCCGCUGCCUUGACCGAGCUGGAGGCUUCACUUGCAUCUGCCGGCCCGGCUUCACAGGAGCCACCUGCGAGAUGGCACUGAGGGCCCGCGAGCUCAGCAGGACCACACUGCGGUGGGAGGGGGGAGGAGGCGGGGUCAGACCUCACCUGACCACCGACGGCAAGAACCAGAGGAGCACCACUGGCGGUAACAGCAGUCUUCAUGGCGACAGGCUGUUUAAGGUGACUGUGAGCGAGCGCAGCACUGCUGGCCUGUCGGACAUCCAGCUCAUCGUUCUGCUCGUGCUGUCGGGGAUGACACUCUGCGUGGUCAUGCUGACUGCUGCCCUUGUGCUGCAGGGUCACUGCAGGGACUGUGGCCACACCUCCAGCUGGCUGCUGACAUCAUCAUCAUCACAGCGACAAAAGAGCGGGCGGCGUGGGCGGGCGGAUGAGCACGAGUGUCAGAUCAGCUUUCUGAACGUAGAACCAGAGAAGAAGAAACUGAACACUGAGGUCAUCUAGAGGUCAGAGGUCAGACCACAUCUCCCAGUGUGCAGUGAUCUGUGACAUCAUCAUGUGACCCAUGGAACACGUGUCGGACAAGUUAAAACCAGAGAUGUACAGAACAUUUUCAAAUCAGAUCAGAUUUUAUUUGUAGAGCCCAAAGUCACAAAGUCCAUUUUC